AUGAAUCCGGACAUUGCCAGCUCCGCGGGGCACGCCCAGGCGCCACCCCCGGGAGAUCGACCGCCGGCAGGCGUCGAAGCCGCGCCCGAAGCCCCCGCACAGGCGCCCACCGCCCCUCCUGUUCCCUCCCCAGGCCCCUCCGCGCCCGGGGGGAGCGCGGAGCAGCCGCCAUGUGCUCCGCAAGCCACCCCGCCGCCAGAUCAAGCCUCUGGCGCGCCACAGGCGCCCGCUCCCGCGCCCCAGCCGGCGCUGGACGCUCCGCCGCUCGCGCUGGGAGAACCCGCGCCAUCUCCGGCUGCGCCGGUGCUCGCCGCCGCGGCUGCGGCGCUGCCGCAGCCGGUGCCCGCGGGCGCAGCGGCGGCCCCGCCCGCGGCGCAGCCCGCGAGCCCGCCCCCGCCGGUGCUCGCGCCGCUGCCGGGCGGGACUCCCCCCGGGGACUUGAAGAUCGCGCCGGAGCUGAUCCCGACGAGCAUAGCGCCGUCUGACUUGCCGAAAGGCAUGGUGCUGCACCCGGCGAUCGCGAGCCUCGCGCAGGCGGCGCCGCCGGCGACGCCCGGGAGCACGAGCGGCGCGGCGGGCGCGACGACGGGCGGGCCGACUACGGCCGGCGCGACGACGGGCGGCGAGGACGACGCCGACAUGGAGGACGACGACAACGACGGCGACAAGACCGCGGCGGGCAAGACGUCGGCGAGCGGCGCCGCGGCCAACGCGGAGGAGGAGGGGGGGUGUGCCGUGUGCGACGGCGGCCACGACCCCGAGAAGCUGCUCAUGUGCGAGCUGUGCCCGCGGUACUACCACACGUACUGCCUGGACCCGCCGCUCAAGGGCAUCCCCGAGGGCAACUGGUACUGCCCGCAGUGCUACAAAGAUGGCACGGUCGUUGCGGCGCGCGCGGUGGAGAACAUGGGCCUGUCGCUGCUCGACACGGAGAAGGUCGUAGCGGAGCGCACGCGCGACGGCGUCCGCGAGUUCCACGUCAAGUUCCAGCACCGGAGCUUCCUGCACACGCUCUGGAUUCCUGCGACGCUGUACGACCACUUCAUCACCACGCUGAUCCAGGACAACGGCGCGGAGAAGUCGAUGGCGCUCGGGCUGAAGAAGCGCGUGACGUGCUGGAACCGCAAGCAGCGCGUCCGCGAGCAGCGCCGCGCGGCGAUGGUGGAGCGCGGGUACGAGGAGGUGCCCAGCAGCGACGACGAGGAGGGCGAGGGCGGCGCGGUCGCGGUCGAGGAGGACGGCGUGGACCCGAGCUGGCGGAUGGUGCACCGCGUGCUCGCGCGCGACCGCGACCGGUCCAGCAAGCAGAUGGUCUGCCUGGUCAAGUGGCAGAACCUCGACCACGAGUCGUGCACAUGGGAGUUCGAGAGCGAGAUGAACAAGCUCGAGGAGGGCCCGAUGCUGAUCGCGCGGUACGAGGCGACGUGCCGCCCGAUCACCGCGGCGGGCCCCGGCCCGCACGCCAAGGGCAAGAUUCUGAAGGUCCGCAAGGGGCAGGCGCAGCAGGACAUCUUCCCGCGGACGCCGGAGUACCUGGCGGGCGGGAACCUGCACGACUACCAGCUCGUCGGGCUGAACUGGCUGUUCAGCGCGUGGAUCAUGCGGAAGCACGUGAUCCUGGCCGACGAGAUGGGGUUGGGGAAGACGAUCCAGACCAUCGCGUAUCUGCGCGCGGUGAUGGAGGAGGGCACGGGGCGGCCGCACAUGGUCGUCGUGCCGCUCUCGACGCUCCCGAACUGGGAGCGCGAGUUCGAGCGCUGGGCGCCGGACAUGAACGUGGUGUCGCUGCGCGGCAACCAGGCCUCGCGCAAGGUGAUCCAGGACUACGAGCUUUUCUGCACGCCGACGCAGGCGUCGGCCGCGGGCGUGAAGACGCGGCCGGGGAAGAAGGGGCAGGUCGACCGCAUCAAGUUCCACGUCCUGCUGACGACGUACGAGAUGGCGAUGAAGGAGCGGCGGAUGCUGGAGCCCUUUGCGUGGGAGUGCCUGGUGGUGGACGAGGGGCACCGGCUCAAGUCGAGCGAGAGCAAGCUGUUCAAGGCGCUGCACGACUUCCGCACGGAGCAGCGCACGCUGCUGACGGGCACGCCGCUGCAGAACAACCUCGAGGAACUGUGGAUCCUGAUGCACUUUUUGGACGCGGAAAAGUUCUCGAACAAGCAGGGCGCGGGCUGGGGCGACUCGCUGGAGGACCUGAGCCAGGAGGACCAGGUCAAGCACCUGCACCGCACGCUCGCGCCCAACAUGCUGCGCCGCGUGAAGAAGGACGUGCUCCAGGAGCUGCCGCCGAAGAAGGAGCAGAUCGUGCGCGUGGAGCUCUCGGCGACGCAGAAGCGCUUCUACCGGCAGAUCCUGCAGAAGAACUUCCCGAGCCUCGGGCUGGUGACGGGGAACCCGCAGGACCGCGCCCCCGCGCUCAAAAACGUGCUGAUCGAGCUGCGCAAGUGCUGCAACCACCCGUGGCUGUUCGAGGAGCCGCCGAUGGGCGUGGACCCGAAGGCGGAGCUCAACGCCAUGCUCGCGAUGUCCGGGAAGCUGCAGCUCCUGCAGCAGAUGUGCGAGAAGCUCAAGGACCGGGGCCACCGCGUGCUGAUUUACAGCCAGUUCACGACGCUGCUGGACCUGCUCGAGCGGUGGUGCGACUACAACGGGUGGGGCUUCCAGCGCAUCGACGGGUCCGUGCCGUCGGUGCAGCGGCAGGCGUGCAUCGACCGCUUCAAUUCGGACCCGAAGCGGUUCUUCGUGUUCCUGCUGUCGACGCGCGCGGGCGGCCUGGGGAUCAACCUGGCGACGGCGGACACGGUCAUCAUCUACGACAGCGACUGGAACCCGCACAACGACCUGCAGGCGCAGGCGCGCGCACACCGCAUGGGGCAGAAGCGCGAGGUGAUGAUUUAUCGCCUCGUGUCGCGGAAGACGGUCGAGGAGCGCAUGAUGCAGCGCGCGAAGAGCAAGAUGGUCCUCGAGCACCUCGUCGUGCGGCGCAUGGGCAAGGACGCGAUGAAGCAGAAGGAGCUCGACGACAUUCUGCGCUACGGCGCGCAGGACCUGUUCGAGGAGGACGACGGCGACGCGGGGGGCGCGGGGGACGACGGCGGCGACGAGGGCGCGCACGAGGGGCCGACGAAGCCCGGGGAGACGUACGAGGAGGGCAAGAUACGCCGGGAGCUGCAGCGGCUCAAGGACGGGCGCAUUUACCAGUAUUCGUACAACGAGGGGAUGCUGGCGAAGGAGCGGCGGAGGCAGCAGGAGGAGGAGCGGAAGGCGAUCGUGUGGACGGACGACGCGAUCGAGCGGCUGCUGAACCGGCAGCAGGCGUGGGAGGACGCGGAGGAGGAGGAGGCGGGCGCCGACGCGGGCGGGGGGGGGGAGUAUUUGGACAACUUCAAGGUGGCGGACUUCUCGCUGCAGGAGAAGGCCGGGAACGACGCGCUCGUCGUCGACGAGGCCGGGCGGCCCGCGGACGCGGCGGCUGCGGCUGCGGGCGCGGCGGACGGCGCCGCUGCCAAGGAGACCCCGCCGGCGAACUUCUGGGCGUCGCUGCUCGGCAAGUCGCUCGAGGAGCUCCAGGCGGCCGUGAGCGCGCGCGAGGCGGCCGCGGAGCUCGCGAUGGAGGGCCCGCGGAACACGCGCACCAAGGUGGACUUCAAGGCCAUCUUUGAGCAGCAGGAGCGCGUGGACGAGGAGGACGACCCGAGCGACGAGGAGCUGGACGAGGAGGAGCUCGCGGCGCGCGAGGCGGCGCGGAAGCGCGCGAAGAAGGGCCGCGGCGUCGGGGUUGGGACCGGCGACACGUCGGACGAGGAGUUCAAGGCGGUGAUCUACAAGCCGCGGGAGCCGAAGCCGGCGCAGAUCGGGCCGGACGGGCAGCCGAUCAAGCGGAAGCGCGGGCGGCCGAAGCGGGAGCGCGACGCGGCGUCGGAGCGCUCGGCGGGCGCGGCGGGGCCGGACAGCAGCGGGCCGUGGGCGCACGCGAUCACGCGGCACGACGGCAAGGGGUACGAGAUCCUGGGCUUCAGCAAGCUCCAGCGCGAGCAGUUCCUCAAGGCGCUCACGACCUUCGGCGUCAACUACGACCCCGACGUCGGCCGCAACGUGUGGACGAGUUUCCGCACGCGGUCGUCGCUGGUGCACAAGACGGACGCGGAGCUCGACGAGUACCUCGCGCUGGUCACGGAGCACCUCGACGCGCACGCCGAGGCCGAGCGCACGGCCAAGGAGGCCGGGGAGAAGGUGCCCAAGGACUUGGUGUUUGUCGGGGACAUUCCCAAGGAGGUGACUUUGGGGAAGAAGAGCGGGACGGAGAUCAAGAAGGCGGUCGCGGAGUUCGUGAAGAUCCGCGAGGCCGUGCGCAAGUUCGACGGGAAGCCCGCGGAGGAGAUCUCGUUUGGGCCGCUCCAGCCCAAGCGGCUGCCGCAGACCACGCACUGGACGCUGGUGCACGACAUCGACCUGCUGAAGGCCGUGCUGCUCCACGGGGGGUCCAACUGGAAGACGCUGCUGAGCGAGGAGUCGCGGCUGCAGGAGACGGUGCGCAGGGAGUCGAGCCUGCCCAACCCGGAGAACGCGACGGAGGAGACGAUCCGGGCGUCGUCGGCGUGGGAGGCCUUCGUGGUGAAGUGGCGCAAGGAGAAGGCGGACAAGGCGGCGGCGGAGGCGGCGGAGGCGGCGGCGGCGGCGGCGGCGGCGGGCGGCGAGACGCAGCCCAACGGCGAGGGCGCCGGGGCCGCAAAGCCCGCCGCCGCCGCGGCGGCGACGCCGCCGAAGCCCGCGGGCGACGCGCCCGCUGCGGGGGACGCCGCCCCGGCGACGGAGGGCGAGAACGGCGCGCCGUCCGGUCCGACGGUUGCGCCGCUCACUGAGGAGGAGGAGAGAGAGAUUAUGAAGCAGGCGCUCGAGGGCAUUGGGACGCACGUGCGGAACCGCGAGACGUACUUCGUGACGACGCGCUUCAAGCACCUCAAGGAGUGCCUGAUGUUCGAGGAGAGAGCGGAGGGCGGCGACGGCGGGAGCGGCAGCGGCGUGGGGGCGGCCGGGGCCGCGCCUGCCCCGCGGGCGGCGGGAGGUGGCGCGGCCGGGGCCGCGCCCGUGCCCAUGGGCGGUGGUGCGGGGGCGCCGGCCGCGGUGGCGGCGCCCGCGGUGCGGCCGGCGGUGGUCGCGGUGGCGGACCCAGUGGGCACGCUGACGCGGCUGGUGGCGGAGCACCAGCGGAUCAGCCACGCGCUCGGGAACAAGCUGAAGGAGUUCGAGGUGCUGACGAAGGCGCUGAACGACGCGGAGGCGGCGCCGUCACAGAGGACACAAAACACCAAGGAGUCGUCGCGCGUGCACGAUGCCAUGCUGUCGCUCUCGGCGCAGCUCCAGGAGGUGCACAAGCAGGCCAUGGCGGUCAUCCAGGCCUCGCCGGACGUCGUCGCGCAGGUCGAGGGCGCGGAGAAGCUCCUCCCGGUGCCAGGGGUGCAGGGUGCUGACAUGGGCGGAGGAGGAGGACAGAAGCGGCCGCGCGAGGAGGAGGCCGCGGGCGAGGGCCCCACGAAGCGACAGGAGGUGUGA